AACCAGGCUAUCACUAGUAUACUCACUGUAAAUAUAAUAUAUUAAUAUUACAUAUAUUCUUUCAGACCUGCCCUGUUCUGAGGAUGUAUUUUGGCAACUCUUCUAAUGUCAGCUGUGAGGUUGAAUGGGCUAACCAGGCUAUCACUACUGCACAUAUUUUGAAACGUUUUCCCAACAACACACUGGUGCAUGCAGCCUAUGACAUGCGUGUGGUGGGACGCCCUCUCAUCUACAGUAUAGGUAUCAUCUGUAACUUUCUGGCCAUUGCUGUCUUCUCACAAAGAGCUUUCCGUAGGACCUCAAGUUGUAUGAUCCUGACAGCAGUAGCUGUGGCAGACAUCUUCAUUUUAACCCAUGGCUAUUUCUACUGGGCAGAAUAUGACCUGCUCACACCCACUCUGAGCCAUGAUGAGUUCACAUGUAAAGCUGUCACCUUUAUAGAAUACUUUGGACCAGAGCUGAGUGUAUUUCUGCUGCUCCUCCUAGGAGCUGAGAGAGUCUUGAAGGCAGGUCACAGAGACCUCCAUGAGAAGUACUUCACCCCAUGUAGGACUGCUGUGGCUAUAGUUGUAUUGGUUAUGGUAUUGGUUCUUCUGAACAUCCCCGUGUUGACAGCACAUAUCUACCUGGAGGAUCCCUGCCUGGGGAUGGUUUGCUGGAACAUACUGGAACACAAUGGGGAGGAGGCCCUCAACUCCACCGAUAAGAACUACUUCCUGUUCUACAGGUACCUGGUGCUCACCCUCUACGGCCUCCUCCCAUAUGUGGGUCUCCCGCUGCUCAAUGGAUGGCUGUACUGGAUCACACGUAAGCAGUACCGUAGCUUCAAUGAAGACAACUUUGAGAGAAUUCCAGACCCAGACCACCCUCACUAUGAGGACGAAGAGCUGCUGGUACACACACAGAAGUUGGAGCAUGAUAAGCGUGAACUGACACGGCUGGUAAUCCUGGUCACUGCAUCAUUUUGCCUCCUUACAAUGGGCUACAACAUCAUCCAAGGGCACCUGUAUGAGAUCCAUAAUGCAAAGACUGAGCAUAAACAGGCAGUCAAUGCCAUGAUCUACUCUGUGUUUGUACUGUUGUUUUAUCUCAAUCACGCCUCCAAUUUCUUCCUCUACUGCCUCAGUUGUAAGGUGUACAGAGAGGAGCUGAAGGACAUGAUAAUGAGGAAGACAAAGAAAACCAAGGCAGUCCUCACUAAUACCCUCCUCCAUACCACUAGUAAUGACAGACUUCUAUAGAGUGACAGCAGAUAAAUGGAAAUAACUUCAUAUAAGGCUGUCCUCACAAAUACCCUCCUCCAUAUAUUGCCACUAGUAAUGGCAGACCUCUAUAGAGUGACAGAAGUUAAAUGGAAAUAACUUCAUAAUUCAUAUAAAGAUAGAGGGAAUCUGAAAUAUUUUCAUUAUCAGAUAUUUUACAAGGCAUAAUUUGAUGUUGAACAUGAAUGUGACAACUUUUGAAUGCAUGACAAUUAUUUAGGUUAGUAAAUUGUCAAUUUUCAAAAUGGCACACAACGCCCCCUACCAAGAGUUUCAAUAUUGCCAAACUUGAAUGAAGAGUCAGAAUCUUUGACAAUGGACACCAUGAACCACUUCCAUUAACUUUAUCAUUAAAAAUGAGGAUUAUAGUGAUCAAAUAUUUUAUCAGCUUCUGAUAGAUAUGUAUUAUAAGGCAGAAUCAGAAUUAUCCUUACAUCCAACAACCAAAGCUUGAACUUUUUUUAAUACUAUAAAAUAUGAUGUAACUAUGAGUGAAGACAAGUAUAAACUGUGGUGUGAUUAAAUCACUGGUCAAAAUGCCAGCACAUUACUACAGAAUGGCAUUGUUUUCUCAGACCAGUCUUCUAGUUCAUCAACUAUAAGUACAGGGUUAUAAUAUAUGGGGUGUUUUUUCACUGAGGGACAGCAGAAAUGGUCUCUCUGUCUCUCCCUGGAACGUUGUCUAUAAUUGUGCAUUGUAACAAUAUAUACCUGUAUAUAUAUAUAUCAACUAUAACUACAGGGUUAUAAUGGGGUAGUUUUUCACAGGACAGCAGAAAUCGUCUCUCUGUCUCUCCCUGGAACAUUGUCUAUAAUUGUGCAUUGUAACAAUAUGUAACUUUAUUUACUUCACAUAAUCUGUUGAAUAAAAUAUAACAUGCAUGCAGCACUGUGUAUAAAAAACUUUGACUCACUAAUUUAUGUGGUUGAUAACAAAAUUAUCCUGGACAGGACAGAUAAAGGUAACCCUAGUCACUCGAUCACUCUCUCCAUUGCACUGUCCCAGAGCAUACCAUGUUAUCACCCAAUCCAGAUAACAGGGCAUAUACUCUCCCCACCACACUGAGGUCAUAUGAACAGGCAGUCAUUACUGACACUAUCUAGCAGAGGUAUGAUAGCACCUGUUGUCCCCAGUAUCAUCUAGAGGACAUGGACGGCUUAGAUAUCACAAAUCUAGACCACUCUUACAACAACACAUUGGAAUAUACGGCCCAGACCAUAGA